UCCAAUUCUUCAACUAACACAUCCUGAUACUAUCAAAGUUUUAAUGAAGUCUAAUGCACCAAAAGCCAAGUCUGCAGCAGGAUAUUUGUUUGUGUUACCAUGGCUUGGAGACAGUUUACUAGUAUCAGAUGGACCAAAAUGGGAAAGAAAUAGACGUCUGCUGACACCAGGUUUUCACUUUAGUGUACUGAAUGGUUACUUCAAGGUUUAUAAUGAUGUAGCAGAUACAUUAUUGGAAAAAUUUGCAAAUUCCUGUAAAGAUGGUAAAUAUAUAGAAAUUUUCCAACUAGCCAGCCUGGCUACAUUGGAUACCUUACUGCAAUGUUCUUUGUCAUACAAAGGGAAUGUACAACUUGUGGGUGAAAAUCAUCCAUAUGUUAAAGCUGUGAAAAGAUUGGUGACACUGGUUUUAGCUAGAGCACUGAACAUUUUUCUGUACAAUCCAGUCUUGUAUAAGUUGUCUUCUAGUGGAAAAGAAUUCUACAAACUUUGCGACUUUGUUCAUCAGUUUUCUGAAGAUAUAAUUGCAAAGAGGAGAAAAGAAUUGUCUGAAAAUCAAGAUUCUCAGAAGAAAACGCAGUUAGAUUUUUUGGACAUUUUAUUAACAGCAAAAGAUGAUAAUGGCAAUGGACUGACAAACAAAGAGAUCAGAAAUGAAGUAGACACAUUUAUGUUUGCAGGUCAUGACACAACAGCAAGUGCCUUAAGUUGGAGUAUGUACAGUUUAGGAAAACAUAAGGAUAUACAGGAUAAAGUUUAUAGAGAGGUCAGAGAGGUCAUUGGAGAUAAAAAAUAUAUUGACAGUGAUGAUAUUUCAAAAAUGAAGUACUUAAGCAUGUUCGUAAAGGAAGUAUUACGAUGCCAUACCCCAGUCCCUACAGUUAGUAGGAUGUUACAGGAACCUUGUGUGGUGGAGGGGGUAGAAUUCCCAGAAGGCAGCAUUUUUGGUCUGAGCAUGUUUGAUGUUCACCACAAUUCACACAUUUGGCCUGAACCAUGGGAAUUUAAACCUGAAAGAUUUGAAGAAGACAAGCACCAUGAAAUGGACCCUUACAGUUUUAUACCCUUUUCAGCUGGGCCAAGGAAUUGUAUUGGACAAGCAUUUGCACAGCAUGAAGAAAAAGUUCUGAUUGCAAGAAUAGUUAACAGAUUUGAGAUUUCCUUAGAUCCUGAUCACAAGGUUGAACAUUUCAUGGAGGUUGUUAUGAGAGCAAAGAAUGGAAUUAUGGUCAAUUUCAAAGAAAGAAGCUAAAGAUUAUUUCAGGACAUGUUUAUCUGAAAGUGUUAUAAAACUAUUUUUUUUAAAAUAUUCUAUUGCUAACCAAAUGAAACUCUUCCACUGUCAUCUCCUCUUGGUCAAGGUAUUUAAACUUUUGUCAGUUCAAUUGUCCCAUAGAACAAAUACAAUAGCUAUUGUUCUCUGAGUAGUUUAUUUACUGGGACCUUUUAAUUUCUUCUGAAAAAAAAUCCCUCACUCAUUGAUUAAUUUACCUGAGUAAAAAAUUAUCUUCUAAGUAGAUGAAAAUACAUGUAUCUACUCACAAAACUGUAUGAGCUGUUGUAUUCAUUCAAUAUCAAUAAUAUAUUUUCAAUCUGUUCAAUAUGUACACUGAUUUAAUCAUAAAAGGUUUAUUUCUGACAAAAUUGUUAACAUUAUUCCUAUUAAAAUUUGAUUUUUUUUUUUGUGUUCGCUUAGUUAUAGAAUACAUUUAAGAAGGCUUAUUUAAACAUUGUCAUUUUCCAGUUUUUAUUUGUCAAACAUGGUCGGGCAUAAUUCCAUAAAAGUGAUAAUAUACUUUCUAGAUAAAUUCUAUGACGUUUUUAUGCUAAAAAAAAAACAUAUAAACUGUGAGAAACACGAGAUUUUUUAAUUUUUUUUUGCAAUCAAUGGGGUUGCAAGCAUUAAGACCCACAUUCCUGUUACUAGUCCAUAGGUAUGCCAUAUCUAUGAAUGUUUAUUUUAUGCUUGUCUACAUUUAGACCCACAUUCCUGUUCCUAGUCCAUAGGUAUGCCAUAUCUAUGAAUGUUUAUUUUAUGCUUGUCUACAUUUAGACCCACAUUCCUGUUACUAGUCCAUAGGUAUGCCAUAUCUAUGAAUGUUUAUUUUAUGCUUGUCUACAUUUAGACCCACAUUCCUGUUACUAGUCCGUAGGUAUGCCAUAUCUAUGAAUGUUUAUUUUAUGCUUGUCUACAUUUAGACCCACAUUCCUGUUACUAGUCCAUAGGUAUGCCAUAUCUAUGAAUGUUUAUUUUAUGCUUGUCUACAUUUAGACCCACAUUCCUGUUACUAGUCCGUAGGUAUGCCAUAUCUAUGAAUGUUUAUUUUAUGCUUGUUUACAUUUAGACCCACAUUCCUGUUACUAGUCCGUAGGUAUGCCAUAUCUAUGAAUGUUUAUUUUAUGCUUGUCUACAUUUAGACCCACAUUCCUGUUUCUAUUGUCAGGAGCUAAAUAGAAAAAUUUUGAAAGCUCAUCCAACAGUUCAUUUAGAUUUAUUUGGCUCAGGACUAUUUGAAAAAAGUUUAUUAGACCAACCAAUGAAGACACUUAUUUACUGUAAGUUCAGAUUGUUUUUUUUUAAAGGGCUUUAAUUUUAGUCAUACAGAAGCUGGUUUAUAUUUUAGUGUGUUUUAAAUUGUAAAAUUUACAACAAGUAUAAUGUUGUUUGUAUUGUUUUACAUGUACAUAUUAUAAUUUUACUCGAGAUCAUUUUUCAUAAAUUUUUGUAACUGUUUUUGAUACAUAUAAACUUAUAUUUGUAAUCAGUAUUUUAUCAUAUUAUGAUGAUUUAAUUUUAUUGCAGAUAUUAUGCACUGUAUCUGUAUCGUUGUAUCAAAGAGACCAAUUCUGGUUUUAAUGCUUGACAGGACUUUGCACCUGUGCACUUUUUUUUUUAAAGUCUAUGUCACCACAGGUCUAUUGUGAUUUAGCCUAAAUCUGUGAGUUGAUUUUUGUUAUAUUCAGUACAUGAUUUCUGUGGAUGUUAUCCUAGAUCGAUUGCUCUUUGUUGUUUUUGUAUUGUUUUAAAAUGUGUUGUUAUAUUAUAAACUUGAUUUCCUGCUGUAGUCUGAAUUUUUUCUGUUGUAAAUGUAUAAACUUUUCCAGACCAGUUUCCAAAUCAGUUAGGUAUAUAUACCUGGGUAUAUUUGUCUUUCCAAAAUAUGUUUUAGACAAUCAUUGUCAUGAAAUUGAAACUUGGUUGUAUUAAGAAAGUGAAUUAAUUGGAUAGCUCAUUGAUAAUCUAUUAAUUUUGGAUUAUUAUGAUUUGUUAUUCUGUAAUAAGGUUGAUAAUGUUUUAAUGGUUAUGAAAAGUAUUAAAUUUUACAUUAUAUUAUAUGUACAUUUUUAUUUCAUAUGUUAUUGACAAAUAAUCAUGUAUAAAUACAAUCAAUUGGUUAAAUAAAAUGUUACAUUAUUGAAUUUUAA